AUGACGAUCUCUCAUUAUGGUGUAUGGGCGUGCCAGCCCACGCGCUACACUGCUCAGACCGAGAAACAGGACUCGAAGUCUCCCCACAUUUACCUCUACUUUACCGAUGGCAGCUCUUCCAGCAAAAAGCUCGAAGCUGCCAUCAAUGUCAAAUCUACCGACAAGGAUACACGUCUCGUGUUCUGGUUAAAGCGCAAUUUCAGUCACCCUAUCACUGAGCAGCUUUCCAGCCUCAGUCAAGGAUUCCAUUUAGCACAGUCGAGCAGCACUCAAAGCUCAUCGAAUGAGAAGGAUGAAUAUCAUGGGAAGAGCCGUAAUCGCCAUCGCCACUACCGUCGGCAGGAAUCAACCUUCCAAGGCAUUGACUAUAUUCGCACCAAAGAUCUAUUGGAUAUCAAGUCGGGUCAGGUUCUCCCACACGAUAUCCCUGGUCCAAAUAACGAUAUCCUGGAUGAAUUGGACCCCAUUCUGACCAGCGCCAUCAACGAGAAGGCGACAGCUUAUAUUUUUGGAUCGUCAUAUGGGUCUGGAAUCCAUGAUAUUCACAUGAACCAAGGCAGCCUGCCGAGUUAUGAUAACGGUAUCUAUGAGGAUGGGGGACUGCUAUUUCAGUUUGAUGAUGGCCACUGGGAGGCUGUCUUCCUGGCUUUUGCCUCACAGAAAAUUCCUACGAACGACGAAGGUGAAGCUGAGUCAAACAGUGAGUCUCUGGCUGAUAUUCUGGGGAAAUGA